GCCAUGAUUCGCCGUGUUGUGCCUUCUGUUCAAAUGUCUUUAAACCACUGGCGGUUCUUGUCAACCUCCAAAAGGCCGGCACUCGAUCAGACAGAUGAGGAAAGGCUUAUUUCCCCAUCUUUGAAAAAAUUUUUCAACCGGACUUCCAUUGCCAUGGAGAUGCCGAAUAUGACACGGAAAUACGCGGAGUCAAACGCCUCUCUUAUUCCCAGUUACUUUCUUGGCAAGCUUCAGCUGGAACUCUUAGAGUAUCCGGAGCUGGCGACCAGGGAAGAAGUAACAAAGAUUCAUUCCCUGUUUGGCAUCGUCGAAGACUUCGCCAUCUCAGUUGAUAGCAAGUCUAUCGACCGAAGUGGAGUCAUUCCACCGCAGUUGAUGGCAAGUUGUAAGGAGAUGGGCUUGUUCGGCCAGCGCGUGGACCCAAAGUUCGGCGGGCUCGGCAUGACGGCGCUUGAAUCGACGGUCGUUGCCGAGGCCCUGGCCUACGACGCCUCACUGUUUGCUACUUUAACUUGCCAUGAAGCAUUGGGAGUGAAGGGUCUCCAAAUGGUUGGGACAGAUGCGCAGAAAGAAAAGUACCUUCCUGCUUUGGCGUCUGGCGAGAAAAUGGGCGCCUUUUGUCUGGCCGAAGUGAACAGUGGGACCGACGUUUCAUCACUUCUGACACGGGCUUCACUCAGUGCAGACGGCAAGUUCUACAUCCUCAAUGGCCGAAAGGCCUGGGUUGCCAACGGCUCUCGCGCUGACCUUUUCACUGUAUUUGCUCGCACCUCGAUACAAAAUGAUAAGGGUGAAUCGGAGGAGAAGGUGACAGCGUUCCUUGUUGAGCGAGGCCUUGUCGGCGUGCAAGUGGAACCACCUGUAGAGAAGCUUGGACUUCGUGGUCUCGAUCUCGUCAACGUAACAUUCAAUAACGUGCGUGUACCGGUGGAAAAUGUGCUCGGAGAACCUGGUUGCGGCGCUGAGUUGUCGGCUCAGAUAGCUGGUGGAGAACGCUACCUGGUGGGCGGACUGUGCGCGGGAAUUUGUCACAACGUGAUCGACGCUCUGACGGAGCACUGUGCAAUGCGCCAGCAGUUCGGACGUCCGCUGUCCCAAUUCGGCAUGGUUCAGCGCCACCUGGCCCUGGCGGCGGCAAACCUCUACGCCCUCGAAUCCAUGACUUACCUCGUAGCCGGUCUCCUUACUGCCCAGCCAAAGCGAGACCUCCGUAUUGAGUCGGCGGCAGUUAAGGUAUUUGCUACUGAAACGACAUUGUCGUUGUUAAAUGACUGUGCUACCCUCGCUGGCGCGCUAGGCUUCACCGACCAACUUCCUCUUGAACGGUACCUUCGCGAUUCCUGGGUACUUGGCUCCUUUAUGGGUGUUAAUGACUUACUACGGCUGUACAUAGCUGCUUCGAGUCUUUCCAUUGCUGGUAGGGAGAUGUGUGAGUUUGUGGAUAAGUUACGCCGUCCCUACCAAAAUAAGCUGUACAUCCUUCGAGAAACCUUCCUGAAAGACGUCCGCCUGGCGAUGAUGCGUCGACGCUGGCGCACUCCGGCUGUGGGGGCUACCCCGAUGCCUGUAACAGAGCGAGGCGUGCGUGCCUCCCUCUUAGUGAGGGACCAUCUGCACCACAACCUGCGACCUCUGGGUGACAGGCUGUCGCGCGUUGUCGUGCACACUCACGAGUUGGCACGUCAAGCCCUCAUUUUGAACGCCAAUAACGUAAACGAAGACCAGUUUUCGCUGCGCCUCUUCUCCGACCUCGCAAUCGGCCUUUUUGCCAUCACGGCAGUCUUGAGCAGAGCAUCCCGAGCAAAAAGCAUUGGCAUUCGCUAUCACAACAACGAGCUCGAGUUGGCGGAACUCUUCACUGUCGAUAUGCUUGACCGCCUGGAGACCAUGGUAGCUAAUUACAAAACGAAGGAUAAUCUCUGCAAGCGGAUCGCCAGUGUAAUUCUAAAGGAGAAUGGCUAUGCUUCUGCCAGUCCCCUGACCCGUGUUUGGUAG